AUGUUGCGCAAGCUUGUGUUGGGAGCUGGCGCCACGGUGCUGUUUGGCGGUGGUGUUGGGCUCGGUGUGUUGGUCGCGCAAACUGACUCCACGCGACAAGUCACCGAUGAGGAACGGGCCGUCUUCUGGCGGAGCUCGGGCCGCGAGUACGAUGCCAAGGUCGGCGCUGCUGAAGAUGGUAACGGUAUCACUGCCCAGCGCAAGGCUCUCAUGGCCCACGCGCGAGGUCGAACACUCGAGGUGGCUGCCGGCACCGGGCGCAACCUUCAAUUCCUUUUGGACAAUUCGAACGUUCGCGAGAUUGUUCUCACAGACGCCCACGAGGGCAUGCUUCAGGUGAUGGCCAACGAGACUACACCGCCGGCCUCUCAGGUGGCGCUCGACCAGCCCCCUACCAGUCCCGUGUGCAACGACAGGCCGCUUCGAGUGAGGCCCUGCCCUUUCCUUCUGCCUCGUUCGAUACGGUGA